GCUGGCGUCCACCGUGUCUGUACGUGCGUGUGUGUGUUGUCUCCGCGGACGGCAGGGAUCCCUCCACUUCCAGGGUCCGAAGUUAAACCUCAAACGUUGUGUAACUACGUGCUUUUCCCACCGCGACAUGGACAUGGUGGACGUGACUUCCACGGGCUGAGGGCAGACAGAGAAGGAGGGAGAGAGACGACGUGCAGGCGGAGACAGACAGGAGCUACACGUUGCAGCCUUUUGGAUCAAGGUUCUGGUGUAGGAGCAAUGAGCAGGACAUGUAGCUGGCGAUGGAGCGCCGCGGGCCUUGACCCUGCUCCCCAGAAACGAGCCACAGGAGCUGCAGAGGAGUGAUGAGCUGUUCCAGUCCGGACCGUCUUCAGCAUCACUUCCAGCUCCCUCUCUUGCACUCAUCCCCCAUCAGCCUGACAGGCUGACCUAUAACCUUCAAGCUCGAGCUGUUCUGGGUCUCAGCAGCCCCCCGGAGAUCGUCCAGCGACCAUGAGAGGCUCCAGGACCAACCUGCUGCUGGGCUGCGUGCUCCUCUGCUCCGUCUCCCUGCUCUACCUGGGGAUGAGCGGGAUAGACUGCCCUCCCAAAAGCCACCGCCACCGCUGGAUGGAGCUCAACCUCGGCUCGGGCAACCAGAGCCUGUCGCUGACGGAGAACUUCCCCGAAGACACGCCCAUCAUCUUCAUCGGGGGCUUCCCCCGGAGCGGCACCACCCUGAUGCGCGUCAUGCUGGACGCCCAUAACUCCGUGCGUUGCGGGGAGGAGACUCGCGUGAUCCCUCGCCUCCUGGCCAUGAGGGCCACCUGGAGCCGCUCGGUGAAGGAGCGGAUCCGCCUGAACGAGGCCGGCGUGACUGACCAGGUGCUGGACUCGGCUGUACGGGCCUUCCUGUUAGAGGUGAUCGUCGGCCACGGAGAGCCGGCCGCUCGUCUCUGCAACAAGGACCCAUUCGCACUGAAAUCUCUGUCCUAUUUGGCACACAUCUUCCCUAAAGCUAAAUUUGUGCUCAUGCUUCGAGAUGGACGAGCAACCGUCCACUCCAUGAUAUCACGCAAGGUGACCAUCUCGGGUUUCGACCUGACCAGCUACAGGGACUGCCUGACCAAGUGGAGCAGUGCGGUGGAGACCAUGUUCAGCCAGUGCCAAACGGCCGGGGAGUCCAGGUGUCUGCCCGUCUACUACGAGCAGCUCGUCCUCCACCCGGAGCCGGAAAUGAGGAAGUUGCUUCACUUCCUAGAGUUGCAGUGGGACGCAUCGGUCUUGCACCACGAAGAACUGAUUGGGAAGGCUGGUGGCGUGUCUCUAUCCAAGGUGGAGCGCUCCACCGACCAGGUGAUGAAGCCCGUCAACACAGAAGCCCUCUCCAAUUGGGUGGGGCAGAUCCCGCCUGACGUGAUUAAUGACAUGGCUGAAAUUGCCCCCAUGCUGGCUCGCCUGGGCUACGACCCCCACGCCAACCCUCCCGACUACAAGAGAGCAGAGCCCGUAUCGUUUCUGUUCAACUACUCGCAGAGGGUGAAAGCAGCAGAUACUCCUCGCCCGAGUUAAACGUGACCGUGGUGGUCCCCCGUAUGGAUGCACCUUAAACACAGACUUCCAGUUCAGCAGUAUUAGCACCUCACGGGGCAGACUUCAGUGUUACAUGUGUCAUUGGAAAUCCUCUCAAGACUUUUGUACAGUGUUGGUGUUUGUUCACAGGUGGAGUGUUUUAAAUCAUGGGCUCAUCACGUGGUCUGAGGUUUACAUGUCUCUCUAGAGGUCUGCGGUUCUUUCGUCUGGCCUGCUCAGGGAAGUUCGCCCGCUUUUUGCGAAUCAUUAAACUCCUCCAUAGUGCAUUUUCACACAGCCUGUAACCUCCCGAUUGAAGGUAUUUCAUGUCUUUAAGUUGUUAUGAUCACAAUGUGAAUGUGUUUUCAGACAAAUUAGUCGCUGAGAGUUCGGUCAGUGUUCAUAAGGUAUGAUGACUGUAUAUUUUUGAAAUUCUAUGUUUAUUUUCUUAAUAAAUUAUUUUGGUGUUGGCCAUUCAUCGAGGAUUUUUAAUUGUUGUUUAUCGCUAAAUAUGAAUUAAAGGUCAAAAUGUUACCUUAAA